UUUGAUUAAAAACUAGAAAUACAAUUAAAUAGUAAUAAUUUCAUAAAUCCAAUGAAAAAUUCUAGGAGCUCUUUAGAUAUAAAAGCCUUGGAAGACUAUUCUUAGAAAAAUGCAAGAAAUGCUUCAAGGAGUAAUAGUCCAGUAUUUCAUUUGCAAGAUUUGUCGCAAACAGAAUAAUCUAAGGCAAGGUAAGAGAGCCCUGCUGAUAAAAGAUUCACAUUACGCAACAAUAGUAAUAACUAUUAUAAUGAACUAAGUGCUGCAUCAAAUAAUAUCUAUAACAGUGGAACUAAAACAAAAAAAGUAGGAAAUAAUAUAGAAAAUAUUCCCCCUCAAUCAAAUUAUGCUUAAAUGUUAAAUAAUAGUCAUAACAACAUGAGUCCAUUGCAAGUAAAUAUAGCAGAAUAAUCAAUGGUAUCUCUAAGGGGUGGUAAUGGGAGUAGUAUAAUAGAUAAAGAUGCUACUUAAAGUAAAGCAUAUAUUUCUGCUAUGAAAGCUCUACAAGAAAAAGUAAAAUAGCUUGAGAAAAAAUGUUAAGAAAAUUAAUCAUUACAUACUAGCUAAUUGGAAUCUCUCAGAUAAGAAAAAAUGCAAGUGUUAAGUUAGUCUAGUUCAAAGGCCAUAGAACUUGAAGAGAGAAUCAGGUAACUUGAUCAAUAAAUGAACUAAAUUAAAGAAGAUUCAGACAAAUAAUUAAGAGUUUUUAAGCAGCUAGAGAGCAAUUUAAAAGAAAAAUUGAAAGAAACAGAGAGAGAAAAUAAAGAGAUUAAAGAAAAAGAAGAUAUAUUUCACAAAGAAAUUAAAUAAAGAGAUCAUGAAAUAGAAGAAUUAAAGAGCUAGCUGUAGAUGUAAGGUGAGUCAAAGCUAUUUGAAAGAUAGCAGCUUAAAUAAAAAAUAAAUGAAUUAACUUCUAUGGUAAAAGAUUUAGAAACUGAAAAAGAAGGAUUCAAAAAGAAGAUUGAUUUUUUAGAAAAAUAAUUUGUCUAAUAUGAAAAAGAACUUGUUUUAGCAAGAAAUGACUCUACAAAAGAUCAGUAUAUAAAGUAGUUGUAGGAUUAGCUAUUUUAGUAAGCAGAUUUUCAUGAAAGAGAAAGAAUUGAGCUUUAGGUAUAGCACAAAAAUAUGAUAGAGUAACUUGAAAAAGAUCUCAUAUAUAACUAAGAUAGGAUAUCUGUUUUAAUCAAAGACAAUGAUAGACUGUAUUUUGACUUAAAGCUUUGCUAAGACCAGUUGGAAGUUUUAACAUUAGAAAAAAAUGAACAAAUUGUUGAAAUUUAGAAGUUACUUUCAGAAAUUCAUUCUUACUAAGAAAAAGGUAGAUAACAAGAAAAUGAAUAAAAAGCUUUGCAAGAUCUUGCAGACUAAUCAAGAAAAUUUAAUUAACAGCUUUUACAAAGCUUGUAAAACUCAAGUUAAUAUCAACCAUAGCUUAGAUUAUCAGAUUUAUAAUCUUCUUAAGUAAAUCCCACAAGAUAAAAUAAAAUUCCUCCAACAUUUGAAGAUUAAACUCCAGAAGAGUAUUGGAAAAACAGCAGUUCAAACACUCCUUUAAAAAGUAGUAUUAUAUAUAAAAAUCUGAGCUAAUAAGAUAACUACUAUAAUAAUAAUAAUAUUUAGACUAAUAAUUAACAAACUUUACAAUAAGAUUAGCUGUUUUCUUAAUCUUUGUCAGCGAAUAGAUUUUAAAACUCUCAAAGAGCACUUUCUAGAAGUGCCUCUCAUCGCAGGUAGCCUAAUAUAAGUAGUACUGAAAAUAUUAAUAAAAUAUAAAUUUUAGAAGAAGAGGAUUCUUAUUCUACUAAUUUUGUAAAUAACACAGCAGGCAAAUAUUAAAGACCAGAGAAAAGUCCCUUAAGAAAUUAAACAAUAAGAUUUAAAGAGCAAGAAUUUUAAUAACAAAAGGAUAAUAUUGCUUAUGAUGGAUUUUAGCAGCAUUAAUUCAGGGAUUAACCUUUAAGCAAAUCAUUAUAAAGAAAUCGUAGCAUAGACUCAACGAUAAGAUAAAGUAAAGGAAAUUACUAAGAUUUUAUUAAUGGAUAUUCUGACUAAAAUGUUUAUGAAGAACACUAUAAAAAAAUAAUGAAAGAAAAAGAGAGACAAAAACAGCAAAUUAUAGAAGAAUUAGAUGAUCAAAUACAAUAAAUAUUGCAAUAUGAAAAAGAACUUUUGCAAUUAAAUGCUGAAAAAGAAGAUCUUGAAUAAGAAAUUGCAGAAUUUAAUGGAGAAAAGAUAUAUAUUGAUAUGUUAAAAUUAAGGUUAGAAAAUGUGAAAGAAAAAAUAAAAAGAAAAACAGACACAGUAACUUAUUUAAAAAGAAAAGAAUAGGAACUCAACAAGCAAAUCAAAGAAAUUAGGUGA